UGCACCCGCCACGCUAUAAAAAUGCGAAGGCCAGGCGGUAAUUCUCGUCGCCACCAACCAAAGCAGAGCCUCAUCAGCUUCAGUGCUUCACUGCAACUAUCUGCUUCUUAUUCUUCCUUCGCGUCGACCGAUCGGCAGCAUCUGCAAUGGCGAACCACGCAGCCGCCGCCCUCCUGAUCGCGUCCCUCCUCGCGGCAGUCGUCCUCGCCGAAGCCAGGGUCACCGUGCAGGUGCAGCACGACAUUGUAGGAGGUUACGCGGUGAAGGCGGUGCCGGCGCUGAAGUGCAACGAGGUGCACCAGGUGCAGACGGACGACACCUGCUCCUCCGUGGCGGCGAGCGCCGGACUAUCCGACGCGCAGUUCCUCGGCUUCAACCCCAACAUCAACUGCCUCAAAGUCUUCCUUGGCCAAUGGGUCUGCCUCGACGCGUCCUCCGCAUAAGCUAGCAGCCGUGUGUCUACGCCGCCGCCCCCCAGCCGUGCAAU